AUGUCAGACAAGUUCGUUUGGUCGGAGAAAACCAGCCAUCGAUAUGCUUAUUUCGAUUUGUUACUAUCAUUUAAUCAAUUAUGCGGACUUGCAUUUGUGAUACUCAGCGGUUAUCUAUUCAACACAAUGGAAAUCGGUAUAAAAUGGCCAUCAGAAGGUGAUAACGGAGGAAUUAACUUCCACGGAAUGUUCAUGAGCACUGGACUUGUGUUCUUUCAAGGAGAAGCACUACUUUCCCAUCGAAUGUACCGUUACGACAAUAAGGUUUUAUCGAAAUUUAUCCAUACCGUCUUUCAUCUGCUCGCUAUGGGUUUCUUCUCAACAGCGUUAGCUGCUAUGAUUCUACAGAAAAACGCUAAUGUACGUUCUUCUAUUCCAGUCUUUACAUUAUUAAAAGGUACUAAGAAGCGUUUACGACAAAAAAUUAGAAUCUCAGUUGAUGACAUAAAAAGGAAGGCAUCACAAAUACUCGACCAAACAACAAAAAUCUAUUCUAGGAUCGAAUUAGAGAAAAAAUCUAUUGAAAAGCGACCAAGAAGAAAACUAUGUUGUAGAAACCUGUCUUUGAAGGAACGUGUAGAAGUGGUUGAGGGUAGAGGAAUGCCUUCAAAGCAAUGA